CUCGCCGGGGGACAGAUGGUCUGGUGGCCUGUGGGUGCAUCCCUGUUUGCCAGCAACGUGGGCAGCGGGCACUUCAUCGGCCUGGCAGGCUCGGGAGCUGCCUCGGGCAUUGCAGCCACAGCCUACGAGUGGAACGGGAUGUUCUGUGUGCUGGUGCUGGCCUGGCUCUUCCUGCCCAUCUACAUCGCCUCGGGGGUUACAACCAUGCCAGAGUAUUUGCAGAGGCGUUUUGGAGGCAAAAGAAUUCAGAUAUUCCUGGCCAUUCUCUACUUGUUCAUCUACAUCUUCACCAAAAUAUCUGUGGACAUGUACGCUGGGGCCCUGUUCAUCCAGCAGGCCCUGCACUGGGACCUGUACAUCGCCGUGGCCGGGCUGCUGGCCAUCACUGCCGUGUACACCGUGUCUGGUGGCCUGGCAGCUGUGAUCUACACGGAUGCCCUGCAGACCCUCAUCAUGCUCAUCGGGGCCGUGUCCCUCAUGGUCUUCAGUUUUAUUGAAGUCGGUGGCCUUGAAGGUCUGCAGGCAAAAUACUUUGAUGCCAUCCCCAGCAUCCGUCAGGAGAACAGCAGCUGUGGGCUGCCCAGGGCAGAUGCUUUCCACAUCUUCAGAGACCCCGUCAGCUCUGACCUGCCCUGGCCAGGAGUCCUGGUGGGAAUGACCAUCCCCUCCCUGUGGUACUGGUGCACAGAUCAGGUCAUUGUUCAGAGAUCCCUCGCUGCCAAAAACCUCUCCCAUGCCAAAGGAGGCUCCUUGAUGACCUCCUACUUGAAGAUUUUGCCCCUCUUUAUGAUGGUAAUGCCAGGCAUGAUCAGCCGGGUUCUGUUCCCAGACCUGGUGGCUUGUGCAGACCCAGAAGUUUGCCAAAAAAUCUGCGGCAACCCCUCUGGCUGUUCUGAUAUUGCUUAUCCCAAGCUGGUGUUGGAGCUGCUGCCUGUAGGGCUCAGGGGCCUGAUGAUGUCCGUGAUGAUAGCAGCCCUCAUGUCCUCCCUGACUUCCAUCUUCAACAGCUCCAGCACCAUCUUCACCAUGGACCUCUGGAAACACCUCCGCCCCCGCUGCUCCGAGUGGGAGCUGAUGGUCGUGGGCAGGGUGUUUGUGCUGCUGCUGACCGUGGUGUCCAUCCUGUGGAUCCCCCUGGUGCAGGCUGGCCAAGGUGGGCAGCUCUUCAUCUACAUCCAGUCCAUCAGCUCCUACCUGCAGCCGCCCGUGGCCGUGGUCUUCAUCCUGGGCUGCUUCUGGAGGAGAGCCAACGAGAAGGGCGCGUUCUGGGGGCUGCUGCUGGGGCUGCUGCUGGGUGCGGUGCGCCUGGUGCUGGAUUUCAUCUACCCCGAGCCGCGCUGCGGGCAGCCCGACGGCCGGCCCGGCGUGGUCAGGCACAUGCACUACCUCUACUUCUCCAUGGUGCUGGGCGCCACCACCAGCCUCACCGUGCUCCUGGUCAGCCUGGCCACCGAGCCCCCGGCCCCCCAACAGAUCACCCGGCUGACGUGGUUCACCCGCGGGGAUGCCCCGGCUGGGCAGGAGGUGGCAGCAGCCGGGCCCGGCCCCACCAAGGAGCAGCUGGAGCUGAGCCCCGCUCCGGAGAGCGGCCCCGACCCCAGCAAAGGUGCAGCCGAGGCCAAGGGCAGCUCCAAGCUGCUGAGCACCGUGCUGUGGCUCUGUGGGAUGGAGCGCAGGCAGGAGGGGGCUGAGAGCCCGCCCAGGGCUGAGCCCCUGCCCGUGGUGUCCCUGGAGGAGGAGCCCCUGGUGAAGCACAUCCUGAACAUCAACCUGCUGCUCUGUGUGUGCGCUGGGGUCUUCCUCUGGGCCUACUUCGCAUAG